AGUAACGAAACCCAAAGCGAAAAAGAAAACCCCAAAGGAGAUGUUCAAGCUAACGAUGCUGAUGGGCCUGGCCCUCCUCCAAGUCCUGGCACCCUCGAUGGUCCAAGCCAAGUCGCUGUGCCAUCGGAGCGGCUACUUCGCCGUAGUGGAUAACACACCGGAUUACUACGUCUGCCAGUCCACCGGUUACGGUGGUUACUCCGUUCGCUUCCUGCGCUGCCCCUCGGGUCUGGUCUUCAGCUCCUCGGUGGCCCAGUGCAUCCGCAUGCCGGCCAUUGAACUUUACGAGGCUCGCGAGGAUAGCAACAUCGAGAACCCCACCAUUCCCGACACCAUGGACGAGAGCACCGCGGCUCCCACAACGGAAGCACCUGCAACCACUGAAGCUCCUGCAACCACUGAAGCUCCUGCAACCACUAAAGCUCCUGCAACCACUGAAGCUCCUGCAACCACUGAGGCUCCUGCAACCACUGAAGCACCUGCAACCACUGAGAAGGCAGAAACUACUGAAGAUGCAUCAACCACCGAGAAGGCAGAAACUACUGAAGAUGCUUCCACAACCGAAAAACCAGCCACUGAUUCCCCAGUAACCGAUGAAACUGACACCGAUGAACCAGUGACCAGUGAAACCGUAACAGAUGAACCAGUGACCGAUGAAUCUACUUCCGUGACCGAUGACUCGGAUGACAAGACCACCGACUCCGGGGAUGUGACCAUCACCACCGAGGAUGAUGAUCACCGGUGCGCCACCACCGGAUUCUUCCCGAUGGACAGCACAUGCUCGACGUUCAUUUGCUGCAGCUACGCCAAUACCGAUGAGCUCAAUGCGUACGUCCUCAAGUGUCCCGAGGAAAUGAACUUUGACCCCGUAAACGGCGUAUGCUCAAAGUCUUACAAAUGCCCUGCUUAGUAGAAAUAAAAGCAGCUAGCAAUUAAGCAACCUGCAGCAUUUAUUUACUUCCUGACUUCUUUUUUUUCAAUGUGACUACCUUUUUUUUUUGUUCGUUUGUGAAGUGAAUAAAUUCUAGUUUAAUUAUUAUUAA